UUCCUCGAGCCAGGAAGGGAUAGAGGCUCGGAGAGCGAGCAGAGCGCGCUCUGGAGGAGAGGAAGCCAAGCGAUAUAGGGCUGAAAAAUGCGAAUUACAACUGAAAUAAUUCGUACAUAACCGGUGUGCGAAUUAAAAGUGAAUAAUAAAUAAAAUAAAAACGUGCGUUUUACGUAAAAGAGCAAAAAACUUUUGAUAUUAUUGCUAGCAACCUAGCCGUUCGGUACUAUCAUCAGACAGACCCAGAAGAUAACGGACGAUUAAUUAAUACAUACACAUAGGAUUAAUACUAACAGAUAAGGAGAGGGAUAUCUGAACUGUCAGUAGUUUUAACUCCGGUGACACUGAGAGGGAUUUCAAGCCAGGGAAUCUCAAGAAGAAGUUCGCCUCAGUCUUAGCCGGAAAGUUAGCCUCGGCGAAGCAUAGGAUAGGCCUGUCGCGUUCGGGCUGUCGCUGCGCGAGUCGAGUGGGCGCGUGCUCAGGGCUCGUGCUCGGGGCUCGUGCUCGGGGCUCGUGCUCCCGGGCUUACAGUCACAGUUAGUCCGACAGUGAGACGGAGACGCAGACGCGGGGAAGAUGUCGGCUCAGGCGCAAAUGCGGGCCAUGCUGGACCAGCUGAUGGGCACCGGAAGAGACGGGGACAGCAUGCGGCAGAGAAUAAAGUUCACAGACGAGAGGGUGUGCAAGAGUCACCUGCUGGAGUCCUGUCCUCAUGACAUUCUGUCCGGCACGCGAAUGGACUUGGGCGAGUGUAUGAAGAUUCAUGACCUGGCCCUCAGGGCUGACUAUGAGAUUGCCUCCAAGCAGAAGGAGUAUUUUUUUGAGCUUGAUGCUACAGAGCACCUGCAGUCCUUCAUUGCGGACUGUGACCGGAGGACGGAGCUGGCUAAGAAACGCCUGGCUGAAACACAAGAGGAGAUCAGUUCGGAGGUUGCAGCAAAGGCAGAGCGGGUGCACGAGCUCAACGAAGAGAUUGGGAAGCUGCUGGCAAAAGCAGAACAGUUGGGAGUGGAGGGGAAUGUGGAAGAGGCACAGCAGUUGCUGGAGAAGGUGGAGAAAACACGGGCCUUGAAAAGAGAAGCAGAGGAUAUAUACAGGAAUUCAAUGCCAGCUUCCAGUUUCCAGCAGCAGAAGCUCAGAGUCUGUGAAGUCUGUUCUGCCUACCUUGGUCUUCAUGAUAAUGACCGUCGCCUUGCUGACCAUUUUGGAGGGAAACUUCACCUGGGCUUCAUUGAGAUCCGUGAGAAGUUGGAGAAACUGAGGAAAAUGGUUGCUGAAAAGCAGGAGAAAAUGAGACUCCGGAGACGGGAGGAGCGUGACAGAGAGGAACAGAAAGAGAAGGAAUGGGAGCGAGAGCGGGAACGAGAGCGGGAAGAGAGAGAGAGGGAAAGAAAGAGGGACAGCAGAAGCUCCUCCUCUCACCACAGCAGACGACAUCGCCCUUCUCGUUCCCGCGAGGAAGGAGGGGAGCGUGACAGGGAGCGGGACAGAGAGCGUGAGAGGCGACACAGGCACAAGAACAGGCAUCGCUCACGCUCACACUCCCACUCUCACUCACACUCCUACUCCCAUAAGAGCAAGAAGAAGAGGUCCUCCAGAGACAGAUCUCCACACCUGAGAGAAAGGCAGAAGCCACUGCCGCUGGAGAGUGGAGAGGAGGGACAAGGACCAGGGGGACGAGAGUGGCUCAAGGAGAGUGUGGCCUGGCAGCGAGAAGAAUCACACUCACUAGAGUUUCCUAGAGGAAGAGACUUUGAUCGAGGCAAAGAGCGGUCGCUGUCACUUGAGAGAAACAGGCUUUCUAGUUCAGAGGAGAGAGAAUCAGGGGAGCUCUAAGGUGGCUGUGGUGUGUGGGAAUCGCCUGUAACAAAGCCCUACCUUCAGACAAGAGUGCAGAAGUGGUACAGAAGCAAAGUUUGUGUGAAUAUGUACUAAAUGAGGUACGGGGGGGUAUAAUUUUUUCGAAGAGGGGAAGUUACUGAAAUGCUGUUAGAAGAGUAAGAAUAGUGGAGAUUAAAACAAGAUAUUGGGUGGUGAAUUUAAGGGAUGUUAGUGAGUUUUCUGAAAACUGGUGGGAUUUGUUACACACCGCAGGGAAGAUUUCUACAAUAGAACUAUGUACAGAAAAGUUCUAUAUAAAGUCUUUUUGUUUA